ACGAAACACUCUACGGGAAUCCCCUUAGUUUCACUUCCAUUUUAGCUUACUAUAUAAAAUGAUUAACUUCUUUUCUGGAUCAUCAUCUUCAUUGCUGUAGUUCUACAAAUAUGUUUUUUCAACUCGUCUGCAUUCUAGCUGCCUACUUGCAAGGUGGGCUUACACAGGAUAAGCCUACACAAGAGGUGAAGUCAGUUUGUGGAGAGGACUCAAUUCUGAAAUGUAAAGCAAUAUGUAAGCCUGGGGUCCAGUACCGGGCGGUGAGGUGGUACAAGCUGGGUGAGAAGCCCUAUAAUAAGGAGUCUGGUCUAUUGAUGAAGAGGCUAUCACCUAACAGCACCACCCUACGGUACGCAGGUUUGGAGCGUGAAGUGGAACUUUUGGCUGACGAUUCUUUCGAUAUCUUCCUGCCCAAUGUAACGGCUGUUGAUAGUGGGAGGUACAAGUGUCUCCUGGCAGCACCUGUAGGAGAGCAGAACCAGGAGGGGCAGGUUCACCUCAGAGUGACAGGUUGCCUUGAGUCCACAUACCAAUCAGAAGAAAUGGAUACCAUUCUAGUUCUUUCCAUUGUGGGGAUUGUUGCGGCAUUGCUGAUAUUCACCAUCAGCUAUGUCAUCCUAAGGAAUAUGUUAUUGCAAAGGAGUAAGAAGUAUCCACAAGAACCACUUCUAGAUGCACCCCUUGAGAAAAAAGAUUUAAAGUUGAUCUACACUCUGGGGCCAAACUGGUCAGGACAGGGUUCCAUAAAACAUGUCUGUGUGUGAGACCCUGUUCUGCUAGUUUGGACUCAUUGUAUACUUGAAUGUGAAGAGGAAACACAGAGAAAGACUAGAGCCCAUUUGAAGCUGAGCAAGGAGCCUAAGAGUCAUGUCUACUUUCCAGAGAGUUCAUGUCUAGAGCAGAGGGAGGCAGACAAACCUCUGGACGAUCCUGUAGAACUAAGUUGUGUAGGCAUGACUGCAGCAUUCAAGAGCCUGUGAUGCGCAAGGAGCAGGGCCUGGUGAAGGGACCCCACGAUCUAAGCCCCAAGAUCAAACCCCAACAAGGAGCUUCAGGAAAGGGAGAAUAAAUAAUUAAUGAUAUGGCGUGUGGGGUUCUGAGAAUAUGAAAUAUACUUAUUCAUAUCACUGAGGGAGAGAGGGUAAUGAAUAAUGUUUACAUUAUAUCAGGGAUCCUAUGGUUAUCUGUAGGAGGAAUGUAUAUAGUGUGUGCAAUUAAGCUUGGAAUGUGCUGAGUAUAGGGAAGCGAUCACAUAUGGCAGGCAUUGAUAAGGGGAGAGAGCCAUGGAUUAGUGAUGAAGGGGGUCGAGGUCAGGUCAGGUCACGUUAAGUGACAAAGAAAGGUUUAUGGCCAUAUUACUUAGUUUCCUUUCCUGCCUAGCAGUAAAGAUACAAUUAGAUGGGUAGGAAGAGACUCAGCCUAAGAGAAAGGGUUAAAUAUCAGUGCUUGUGUGAAAAUCUUUUUGUCUAAUGCAGCUGUAUUGAUCCUCUGGGAAGAAUAAACUUGGUAAAGCUUU